UUAAAUGAAGCUGCACAACGUCAGCCUCAACAUUCACUAUCAUUGCUGAGUGGGAGAAAGCAUCUUCGUAGAAGGAGAUUUUUUUUUUCGAAAUUAUCCCAUGCGCGUUUAUUGAAGGGUUUUCCGGCAUAGAUUGCGUCAAGGACCGAACAAUACCAUUACAAAGAGUACCUUGCACGGUGCAUCAUCUCUGGGAUACAUCUGCUGUCCAAUGGACGAAAUUUGGACUGAAUAGCGGCACCUGAUCCACGACCGGUCCAGACCAGCCACCAUCAAUAAUCCAUCAAGCGGCGGUAAACAGAAAGCGAGGAGGAGCGAGGCACCAUGUUCAGCUGGCUGGGCACAGACGACCGGAGGAAGAAGGACCCCGAGGUGUUUGCGACGGUCAGCGAGGGCCUCAAGAAACUCUACAAGACCAAGCUGCUGCCCCUGGAAGAGUGCUACAAGUUCCACGAGUUCCACUCCCCUGCCCUUGAGGAUGCCGACUUUGACAACAAGCCCAUGGUGCUGCUGGUGGGACAGUACUCCACCGGCAAGACCAGCUUCAUACGCUACCUGCUGGAGCAGGACUUCCCCGGCAUGCGGAUCGGCCCGGAGCCCACCACGGACUCCUUCAUCGCCGUGAUGCACGGCGACACGGAGGGCGUCGUCCCCGGCAACGCCCUUGUGGUGGACCCCAAGAAGCCCUUCAGGAAGCUCAACGCCUUCGGGAACGCCUUCCUCAACAGGUUUGUGUGUGCCCAGCUGCCUAAUCCAGUGCUGGAGAGCAUCAGUGUGAUCGACACUCCGGGGAUUCUGUCAGGCGAGAAGCAGAGAAUCAGUCGAGGCUAUGACUUUGCUGCGGUGCUGGAGUGGUUUGCUGAGCGCGUGGACCGGAUCAUACUGCUGUUCGACGCCCAUAAGCUGGACAUCUCCGACGAGUUCUCGGACGUGAUCAAGGCCCUGAAGAACCACGAGGACAAGAUCAGGGUGGUGUUGAACAAGGCGGACCAGAUAGAGACCCAGCAGCUGAUGAGGGUGUAUGGAGCCCUGAUGUGGUCCCUGGGGAAAAUCGUCAACACGCCGGAGGUGAUCCGGGUCUACAUCGGCUCCUUCUGGUCCCAUCCACUGCUGAUCCCAGACAACAGGAAGCUGUUUGAGGCAGAGGAGCAGGAUCUGUUCAAGGACAUCCAGUCCCUUCCCAGGAACGCCGCGCUUAGGAAGCUCAAUGACCUCAUCAAGAGGGCGCGGCUCGCCAAGGUUCACGCGUACAUCAUCAGCUCGCUGAAGAAAGAGAUGCCCACUGUGUUCGGGAAGGACAACAAGAAGAAAGAGCUGAUAGCAAGUCUGGGUGACAUUUACGUCCGCAUAGAGAGAGAGCACCAGAUCUCCCCCGGAGACUUCCCCAACCUCAAGAGGAUGCAGGACCAGCUGCAGUCCCAGGACCUGACCAAGUUCCCGCCGCUGAAGGGCAAGCUGCUGGAGGCGGUGGACGACAUGCUGACCCACGACAUCGCCGGCCUCAUGGUGCUGGUGCGGCAGGAGGAGAACCUGAGGCCCAACGCCGCCGUGAAGGGCGGGGCCUUCACCAACACCCUGAACGGGCCCUUCGGCUACGGCUACGGCGAGGGCGCUGGAGAGGGCAUCGACGAGGCCGAGUGGGUGGUGGCGCGCGACAAGCCCGCCUACGACGAGAUCUUCUACACCCUGUCGCCGGUCAACGGCAAGGUGACGGGCGCCAACGUGAAGCGGGAGAUGGUGAAGUCCAAGCUGCCCAACACGGUGCUGGGAAAGAUCUGGAAGCUGGCCGACAUCGACAAGGACGGCCUGCUGGACGAUGAGGAGUUUGCACUGGCGAACCAUCUGAUCAAGGUGAAGCUGGAGGGACACGAGCUGCCUGCCGAGCUGCCCGCCCACCUCAUCCCCCCCUCCAAGAGGAAACUAGUGGAGUAGGGGACGAGGAACACUCCCCCCCCC